AUGAUUACAUCAGCUUUCAAAAGCAAAGUCAGCAUCACUCAUAUCGGAACUGCCACAGCGAUUCUUGAAAUUGAUGGCAUCACCUUUCUCACCGACCCCUUCUUCUCCCCAGCGGGCGCCGAAUGGGCGACCGUGCCCGGUGCUAAGCCCCUGAAAGUCCACGAUGACCCAGCAUUGAAGAUGAACGAAAUUCCUCAUAUCGAUGCCGUUCUUUUGAGCCACGAAAACCAUCCCGAUAAUCUCGAUGAGUUUGGACGUCAGCUGCUUGAUGGUCGUUACGUUGUCACCACUCAAGAUGGCGCAAAGAACCUUGCCCCACGACCCAGCGUCCACGGCUUUGCAGACUGGGAGGAGAAGGACAUCCGCAUCGCUAGCAAGACUUUUCAUAUCACCGCUACACCUUGCAAGCAUUGGCCCGGUCAUGAGUGUGUCGGGUUUAUUAUCCACACUGAAGACUUUGGGACUGCUCCCGAUGGUCGACCGUAUGCCAUAUACUUCACCGGAGACACCGUCUAUAUCGAAGAUUUGGCCAAGAUGGCUGACAAAUACCAUAUUUCUGUUGCUCUAAUGAACCUGGGUAAAGCAUCAUUCCCAGGCUUUAACGAUAAGGGAGAGCCUGGCCAUCCGGAUGAAGUCCUUCAGAUUACCAUGGACGGUCGUCAAUCAGCUCGCCUCUUCCGAGAUAUCAAGGCAGAUGUCAUGGUGCCCAUGCAUUAUGAGUCUUGGGAUCAUUUUACCCAGCACGAGGAGGAGCUUAAGGAGGAGUUUGAGGAGGAGGGUGUUUUAUCAAACGUUCGCUGGCUCAAACCUGGGCGAGCAGUUGAAAUCAACUGA